AGAUUGACGAACAUGGAAGAAACAGAAAAGAUCCUACAACUCUACGACCUCCCAUUUGCCGAUCUCUUACUCUUGUCGUCGUCAUCGUCGGAAGAGCUUGGCCCACUGGAUGUAGUGAGAAGUGACAUAAUGGAAGCUCUAGGGCCCGCGGGCCCAGGCCUGUUGGCCAUCAGCGGCGUCCCCAACGCCUCUGCUCUCCGCCGGCACCUUCCACUGGCUCGCAACCUCGCUCUUCUGGACGCGGACCACCGGAAACUCAUUCUCAAGAAGCACAACUUGGGAAGCGAUGUUCCGUUGAAGGAUCCUAGUAGAAAAGUUUCGUCCUUUGCAAUGCAACUGAGCUAUGCGUAUGCCUUAGAUCAUACCCAAUUGAAUCCAGAACAAGAUCUUCAACGUAGCGAUAGUGAUAAAGCAACAGAGUCCGUGGACAAUGAAUAUAAGAAUCUUGGAAAUAAGUUGAAGGAAUUGGGUUUCUGCAUGAUGGAUCUAGGUCUCCGACUUGCACGAGUAUGUGAUAGAGCCAUGGGAGGCCAAGAGCUGGAGCAGAGCUUAUUGGAAUCUGGCACAGCCAAGGGACGUCUCAUUCAUUACCAUUCAGCUGUAGACGGCCACUUUCUUCUAAAACAGGGCGCUAGAAAAAACAGAGCUAAGCAAACCACUCGAAACCAAAGGAUUUCUCAAGGAGGCUCUGGUGAGAUCAGACCCAUCAGAAGCAUUCAUUCUAAUCUGUGGCAGCAAUGGCACUAUGAUUAUGGCAUCUUCACUGUGCUGACAGCUCCCUUGUUUCUCAAGCCAAAUUGUGUGGAAGGAGAAGAAGAAGAAGAAGAAGAAGGAUUUGCGGAUGGUGGUUUUAAGGAAUUUAAUGGUUAUCCCAGUGGACAUACAUGUUUGCAGAUAUUUGAUCCCAACAAGAACAGUGUUUUCAUGGUGAAAGCCCCUACUGAAAGUUUUAUUGUUCAGGUUGGGGAAUCGGCUGAUAUAUUAUCCAAAGGGAAGCUGAGAGCAACCCUUCACUCAGUUGGCAGAGCUGAGGAGAAUUUUCGGAAUUUGAGCAGAGAAACAUUUGUUGUCUUUUUGCAGCCAGCAUGGAACAAAGUAUUUUCCAUGUCAGAUUAUCUCAAGAAACACAUUGGUUUAGAAUUAGAGGAUCAAGUUCUGUCCCGUGAAUGCAGUGAAGAGAAACGCAUUGCUGAGGAGGAAUUCAAGAAAAUAGUUCCGCCGCUAUGGUCACGGUUGAAGGAUGGGAUGACAUUUGCUGAGUUCUCGCGUGAAACCACCAAGCAAUAUUAUGGUGGCAGUGGAUUGCAAUCUAAUAGAUAAAAAUAAAUAAAUAAAUAAAUAAUAAAUUGAUUCUUUGA